GAGGAGGAGAGGGUAGAGACCAGGGAAGGGAGCCAAGAGCUUCUGGAGGGACAGGAGAGCCAGCCAGAAAGUGAGCGAAAGGCAAAAUGGAGAGAGAGCAUGCCGGAGGGAGAGAGAUGGACGGAUGAGGAGGUGGAGGGAGGCCAAGAUGAGGAAAGGGAUGGUUCACUUGCAGAUGAUGAAGAUGAGGAGGAAUGCCCAGUGAAUUGGAUGCCAGAGAAGGCUACGCAGGUCUUCACUCCGACAGUGAUAGUGCGUCCAUCUAGCAAACGGGAGGAGUUCCCGCUCGAAAAUAGCCAGUAUGAGGAGAUGGACACUGAGAAGAGUUCUUUCUUAGAGCCCCAGCCACAUACAGCCCCACCAGUAUACUACUACCCACAAUGGACAGAGGAGCCGGACAACUACACACAUAUGUGUGGUUGCGGUGAUGUUCUGAAACUUGGCCUGGGCAUUGGUGCUGCAGCUAUUAUAUUCCCUCUACUUGUGUGGGGCGGCUAUGCCCUCUUGCCCUUUGAUGCCCCGCCACUGGACAGCGCCCCUCUCAGGCUGGUGUACACACUACGCUGCUCCUUCUUUGCUGUCAUACCCAUCAUGCUAGGUGUGCUGGUGCAGGGGGUGGCGCGGCUGCACUAUGGCGCCCUAAAGCCCCUUUACGAGGGCAAGGUGGGGGAGGAGAGCCGGGAGGUGGCGGUGCACCGGCAUUAUGUGGGCGACUCGCUCUCCCUCUUCCUGCUCUACUUCCUGCAGCUGGCCGUCAUGGCGACCUACAUCAGCCAGGACCUGCUCAAGAUGGUGCCCCUGCUCACCAUCGUCUUUGCAUUCGGCAGGCUGAUCUACUGGGUGUGUGUGUCCCUAGGCAGCAGUGUGAGGGGGUUGGGCUUCGGCCUCUCCUUCCUGCCCAUACUGGCCAUGCUGGGUGCCAACCUCUACUUUGUGUGCUCAUCACUCAGUGAAGGGGCUGUCUUUGAUGUGGCCCCGCCCACCACCGCCCCACCUCCCAGGCAGAGUUGGUGGGGCUAAUGAGGAAGAGGAGUAGAUAUGCCCAAUCCUGAAGCCUAACUGGACCCCCAGUCCCUAGACACUUGUGUAGAUCUGAAAAGAUUAGAUAUGAUAGGGAUACAUUUCAUGGGAAUAUGUCCACUUUGCCUUCUGAUAGAUCAGGGGCAUGCUCAGUAGGCAAACAUUGUGCAACCUUGCAGAUAGAAAUGUAUUCCUUACUCUACAUGUCAGAGAUGCAAGUGUGUUCUCCACAAUAUAACACACAUUCCCCAAUGUUUUUCCCUACUGAAGAGUUGGUUUGAAAUAUUGUUGGUACCCAUUCAGCUCUACACAACUGUCAUGGUGUUGAUUUGGAAGGAGAGAGGGAAAAAUAAUCAAGUUAAUCAGCUUGGAUUUCACCUCCAUCUGAAACAUAUUGGAUUGCAUUUGCAGUGGUUUAUAGCAAAAUGGACAAUGCAACAGUUAGCUACCCCAUUGAAGUUACGUGUAAUUAAAGUAAAAAUGUAUGCACGCAUGACUGUAAGUCGCUUUGGAUAAAAGCGUCUGCUAAAUGGCAUAUUAUUAUUAUUAUUAUUAUUAUUAUUAAAGGAUUGUGUGCUAUGAAGUGUCUUAUGCCAUACAUAAGCCAAAGAGGAAAGGACCAUCCAUAAAAGAAGACAUGUAAGUCCUGGGUCAUGUUCAUUAGGCACACAACGGAAAAUGUUUAACAUUCUUAUUGGACAAGUCCAGAUAGUUUGUCCAUUUUCCUCCGUUUGUUGCCUAAAACAACUUUGUGCAGUAUAUCCUUGGUGUUUUAUUCCUACCUCUUGGCUUUGGUGAAGGCAGGUCCAGGGCCUCACUGGAAGGUUUCGGAAUGCACUAUGACAUGACUAGUCAGCACUAGACGGUACAUCCUGAAGGGGGGAGGGGGAGGGCGCCUUUCCCCAAAUUAUUUACAAUUAUGAAGAACUGAGUGCCAACUUUUCUGAAGUAUAAACCUAAUGCAGAGUUUAUACCUUUUUUUGAAGGAAUAAAACAAAAUCAAUGCUGAUAAUUAUAUAUUUCCAACUGUGCAAUGUUUACUGCAUUUAUUUCAUUUCCACAUUAGUACAGCAUUUAAUACUCUCACAAUGGAUGGGAAUGAAGAGUAGGAUGUCAAUGAGCCAUUUAAUGCAUUGUUUUAUCGUGAUUUUUCUUUAAUGUCUACACGCAAUAAUGUUCCUUAUGUCUGUACAGUACCAUAACCAAUACACAUACAGUACAUUGUCCUGUUUGUAUAUGGCAGCCAGCUGAUAUAAUUGUUGUAUUCCUUUUGGACAUUCUUGUGUGUUUCAAUGUGGCUUAAUGGAAUGAUGUGAUGUUUCUCAUAAUAAAGCUAAUACUCCUGA